GCCGCCGCUGCCGCCUGGACGCCGCCGCCCGGACGCCGGGACCCCGCGCCGCCGCGGCCCCGUGAGCGGCGCGGGUCGACCCGAGCCGCGGCUCGCGACGCCUGGGCCCCUCGUCCUCUCAGCCGCCCUCCGGGCCUCGGGAGCGGCCGCCAAGAUGUCGGUGCCGAAUGUGCUGGCCAAAGCCCUCUAUGACAACGUGGCUGAGUCUCCCGACGAGCUCUCCUUCCGCAAGGGCGACAUCAUGACCGUGCUGGAGCGGGACACACAGGGCCUGGGUGGCUGGUGGCUCUGCUCGCUGCACGGACGGCAGGGCAUUGUGCCUGGGAACCGCCUCAAGAUUCUGGUUGGCAUGUACGAUAAGAAACCAGCAGGACCUGGCCCAGGCCCACCUGCCACCCCAGCUCAGCCCCAGCCCAGCCUCCCCCAGGGCCUCCCGGCUUCCCAGUACACACCCAUGCUCCCUGCUACGUACCAGCCCCAAUCUGACAGCGUCUACCUGGUACCCAGUCCAGGCAAGGCUCAGCAAGGCCUCUAUCAAACCUCUGGGUCCAACCCGCAGUUCCAGUCGCCCCCAGCCAAGCAGCCGUCCACGUUCUCAAAGCAGGCACCUCAUCACCCAUUUCCCAGCACAGCCACAGACCUCUACCAGGUGCCUCCAGCGCCUGGAAGUCCUGCUCAAGACAUUUACCAAGUGCCACCUUCUGCCAGCCUAGGGCAUGACAUCUACCAGGUCCCGCCCUCGAUGGACACCCGCAGCUGGGAAGGGACGAAGCCACCAGCAAAGGUGGUGGUGCCCACCCGGGUCGGCCAGAGCUACGUGUACGAGGCCUCGCAGCCGGAGCAGGAUGAGUACGACAUCCCCCGCCACCUGCUGGCCCCGGGGCCCCAGGACAUCUACGACGUGCCCCCCGUUCGCGGGCUGCUUCCCAGCCAGUACAGCCAGGAGGUCUAUGACACACCGCCCAUGGCUGUCAAGGGUCCCGUCGGCCGAGACGCAAUGCUGGACGUGUAUGACGUGCCGCCCAGCGUGGAGAAGGGCCUGCCAGCUGCCAACCACCACGCGGUGUACGACGUUCCUCCGUCUGUGAGCAAGGACGUGCCCGACGGCCCGCUGCAGCGCGACGAGACCUACGACGUGCCCCCUGCCUUCGCCAAGGCCAAGCCCUUCGACCCAGCCCGCCACCCCCUGAUCCUCGCCGCGCCUCCUCAGGACCCCCCGCCCACCGAGGACGUGUACGACGUGCCCCCCCCGGCCCCCGACCUCUACGACGUGCCCCCGGGCCUGCGGCGACCGGGCCCCGGCACCUUGUAUGACGUGCCCCGCGAGCGGGGGCUCGCCGCCGAGGUGGCCGACGGCGGCCUGGCGGACGACGGCGUGUAUGCCGUGCCCCCCCCGGCCGAGCGCGAGGCCCCCGCCGACGCCAAGCGCCUGUCGGCCUCCAGCACGGGCAGCACGCGCAGCAGCCAGUCGGCGUCCUCGUUGGAGGUGGCCGCGCCCGGCCGGGAGCCCCUGGAGCUGGAAGUCGCCGUGGAGUCCCUGGCACGACUGCAGCAGAGCGUGAGCGCCACCAUCGCCCACCUUUUGGACCUGGUGGGCAGUGCCAGCGGGUCUGGGAGCUGGCGUAGCGCCCCCGAGCCCGCGGAGCCGCCGGUGCAGGACCUGCGGGCCGCCGUGGCCGCCGUCCAGGGGGCUGUGCACGAGCUGCUGGAGUUCUCCCGCAGUGCCGUGAGCAACGCCGCCCACACUUCCGACCGCACCCUGCACGCCAAGCUCACCCGGCAGCUUCAGAAGAUGGAAGACGUGUACCAGACGCUGGUGGCCCACGGUCAGGUCCUUGACAGCGGCCGGGGAGGCCCCGGCUUUACCCUGGACGACCUAGACGGCCUGGUGGCCUGCUCGCGGGCUGUGCCCGAGGAUGCCAAGCAGCUGGCCUCCUUCUUGCACGGCAACGCCUCCCUGCUCUUCAGACGGACCAAAGCCUCUGCCCCAGGGUCAGAGGGGGGCGGCUCCCUACACCCCAACCCCAUUGACAAGGCCAGCAGCAUCCAGUCCCGACCCCUGCCCUCACCCCCCAAGUUCACCUCCCAGGACUCUCCGGAUGGACAGUAUGAGAACAGUGAGGGGGGCUGGAUGGAGGACUAUGACUACGUCCACCUGCAGGGGAAGGAGGAAUUCGAGAAGACCCAAAAGGAGCUGCUGGAAAAGGGCAACAUUAUGCGGCAGGGGAAAGGCCAGCUGGAGCUGCAGCAGCUGAAGCAGUUUGAGCGGCUGGAGCAGGAGGUGUCUCGACCCAUAGACCACGACCUGGCCAGCUGGACGCCCGCCCAGCCCCUGGCCCCGGGCCGGACGGGCGGCCUGGGCCCCUCGGACCGGCAGCUGCUGCUCUUCUACCUGGAGCAGUGCGAGGCCAACCUGAGCACACUGACGGACGCCGUGGAGGCCUUCUUCACCGCCGUGGCCACCAACCAGCCGCCCAAGAUCUUCGUGGCGCACAGCAAGUUCGUCAUCCUCAGCGCGCACAAGCUGGUGUUCAUCGGGGACACGCUGUCCCGGCAGGCCAAGGCGGCCGACGUGCGCAGCCAGGUGACGCACCACAGCAACCUGCUCUGCGACCUGCUGCGCGCCAUCGUGGCCACCACCAAGGCCGCGGCCCUGCAGUACCCCUCCCCCUCCGCGGCGCAGGACAUGGUGGACAGGGUCAAGGAGCUGGGCCACAGCACCCAGCAGUUCCGCCGCGUGCUGGGCCAGCUGGCCGCCGCUUGAGAGCCGAGCGGACCGCGGGGAGCGCCGGAUGCCCGAGCCCCGGGCCCCACGGUGGCCGUCCAGCCAGCGCCCGCCGGCUCGGGACAGGCCGCCCGCCGCGCCGGGGCCCAGCGCCCCCCCGUGCGGGCCGGGUGCGUAGUGACGGCGGGCUGGGCAGCGCCUCCCCCGGGCACCGGAGCGGGCGCCGGCCGCUGCUCGCCCCGCGAGGGCGCCGAGGGCCCGCACCGGCCGCGGGGCUCCAGGACAGGCCGGGCAGCGCCGCGGCGCCCCGCACCCGCGCCCGGGGAAAAGCCUCAGACACUAUUUUUCCUAAUUGAUUUUCCAAUCAUUUGAUUAAUAGUCUACAUUUAAUAAAAGUUGAGGCAAAGCA